UUUUCUGCUCCUCCGCAUGUGCCACUGAGAGGAGAGGGGAGAGAGUUUGGAAAGUUGGAGUAAUUCGCGAAGGGGAAAACCAGCAAAGUGUGGGGGCGUUUUUGAGACGGUCCAGAGCGGUUUUGCUUUUACGCACCGCGAAAACACAACGGGACCAUGGCCGAGGUGGACGAGGCUCCGCGGGCUGUCGAGCCGGUGUGGUGCGGAAUCGUGUACCGCCGGACCAACUACAUCCACGAGAUGAGCUGUGGCGAAGUGGGUGCUCAUCUGUACGGCCGAAUGUGUUGCGCAGAUGAGCGGGACAGAGUUCAGAAAAAGACAUUUACAAAAUGGGUCAACAAACAUCUGAUAAAGUCCCAGAGACACAUCACAGACCUGUAUGAAGACCUCCGAGAUGGGCACAACCUUAUCUCUCUGCUGGAGGUGCUCUCCGGAGAGACACUGCCGAGGGAGAAAGGCAGAAUGCGUUUCCACAAACUACAAAAUGUACAGAUCGCCCUGGACUUUCUCAAACACAGACAGGUGAAGCUUGUGAACAUCAGGAAUGACGAUAUCGCAGAUGGAAACCCAAAGCUCACCCUGGGCCUCAUAUGGACCAUCAUCCUCCACUUCCAGAUCUCGGACAUCCAGGUGAACGGUCAGUCCGAUGACAUGACGGCCAAAGAGCGUCUGCUGCUGUGGUCCCAGAGGAUGGUGGAGGGUUACCAAGGCCUCCGCUGCGAAAACUUCACCUCGAGCUGGAGGGAUGGAAAACUCUUCAACGCCAUCAUUCACAGGCACAGGCCAAACUUGAUCGACAUGGGGAAAGUGUACAGACAGACAAACCAGGAGAAUCUGGAGCAGGCCUUCACCAUCGCAGAGAGAGAGCUGGGAGUCACACGGCUGCUCGACCCCGAAGAUGUGGAUGUGCCCCAUCCUGAUGAGAAGUCCAUCAUCACUUAUGUCUCGUCUCUUUACGACGCCAUGCCCCGAGUCCCAGAUGCCCAGGACGGAGUAAGGGCCAACGAGCUGGAGCUGCGCUGGCAGGAGUAUUAUGAGCUGGUGACGAUGCUGCAGCAGUGGAUGAGGCAUCACAUCCUGGUGUUUGAAGAGAAGAAGUUCCCCACCAGCUACGAGGAGAUCGAGGUUUUGUGGCGUCAGUUCCUCAAGUUCAAAGAGACCGAGCUCCCAGCGAAAGAAUCAGACAAAAACCGUUCCAAACACAUCUUCAAGUCUUUUGAAGGGGCAGUGCAGGCCGGACAGGUGAAGGUGCCCCCUAGUUAUCACCCGUUUGACGUGGAAAAGGAGUGGGGACGCCUUCAUGUGGCCAUCCUGGAGAGAGAGCGCCUGCUCCGGAUCGAGUUUGAGCGAUUGGAGAGACUUCAGAGGGUUGUUAGCAAGGUCCAAAUGGAGUCAGGAGUCUGUGAGGAGCAACUGAACCAGGUGGAGGCACUGCUGCAACAGGAUGUGAGAUCUAUGGGAGCUGGAAAACCUCCUCAGCAUUCUGGAGAAGUGGAGGCAGAUCUGGAAAAGGCUGAGGGAAUGAUCCGCCUUCUGUUCAAUGAUGUGCAGCUGCUUAAAGACGGGCGCCACCUACAGGCAGAGCAGAUGUAUCGCAGGGUCUACCGUCUCCACGAGCGCUUGGUGAACCUCCGCAGCGAGUACAACCUGCGCCUCAAGUCUGGAAUCACCGUCACCCAAAUCCCAAUGACUCAAAUCCCCAUGACCCAGGUCCAGAUGGGGCAGGUCCAGCAGACUUCAUCAGCCAGGGUGAGACCAGAGCUGGAUGAGGUCACCAUGAGGUACAUCCAGGACCUGUUGGGAUGGGUGGAGGAGAAUCAGAAGCGCGUGGACGAGGGCGAGUGGGGGUCCGAUCUGCCCACCGUGGAGUCCCAGCUGGGCAGUCACCGUGGUCUGCACCAGUCCAUAGAAGAUUUCAGGGCCAAGAUCGAGAGGGCUAAGGCGGAUGAGAGUCAGAUCUCCCCUGUGAGUAAAGCUGCCUACCGUGACUAUCUGAGCAAACUGGAGCAGCAGUACGGAAAACUCCUGAGUGCUUCCAAGUCCCGUCUGCGUUACCUGACGGAGCUCCACACCUUUGUUACCGCGGCAACCAAAGAGCUGAUGUGGUUGAAUGAGAAAGAAGAGGAAGAGGUCAACUACGACUGGAGUGAACGCAAUACCAACAUGACGGCCAAGAAGGAAAACUACUCUGGUCUGAUGAGAGACUUGGAGCUCAGGGAGAAAAAGGUGAAUGGGGUCCAGACCUCAGGAGACAAACUGCUCAGAGAUGGACAUCCAGCCAAGAAAACCAUAGAGGCCUUCACUGCAGCUCUUCAAACUCAGUGGAGCUGGAUCCUUCAGUUGUGCUGCUGCAUCGAGACUCACCUCAAAGAAAACACUGCCUACUUCCAGUUUUUCUCUGAUGUGAAGGAGGCUGAGGAGAGGAUGAAGAAGAUGGAGGAAACGAUGAAGAAAAAAUACAUCUGUGAACGGUCUGUGACAGUGACCAGACUGGAGGACUUGCUCCAGGAUGCUGCUGAUGAGAAGGAGCAGCUCUCUGAGUUUAAGACCCACAUCGAGGGUUUGAAGCGCAGAGCCAAAACUGUGGUCCAACUCAAACCUCGAAAUCCAGCCUCUCCCAUCAAGGGCAAGCAGCCGAUACAGGCCGUGUGUGACUUCAAGCAGAUGGAGAUCACGGUGCACAGAGGAGAUGAGUGUGCUCUGUUGAAUAACUCACAGCCGUAUCAGUGGAGGGUCCUGAACGACAAAGGCAGUGAAUCAGUGGUCCCCUCCAUUUGCUUCCUGGUUCCACCGACCAAUAAGGACGCAGUCAACUCUGUCGCCGGAUACAGACAGAGGCCUCGCCGUGAGUCUCGUGCACGCUCCCGUUCUCGCUCGCGCUCAGUCACACCUCGAGAGGAGCCUCCGGCGGCCCCACACUUCGAGGAGGAACCACGGCACAGAUACUCGCGCUCACGCUCAGCAUCCAGGUCCCGCUCUCGCUCCAGAUCCUGGGCUGGACGGAAGUCUGGAGGCCGUUAA